AUGCUUUCGAGAACCAUCACGAGGAGAUUCGCCUCCUCGCUGCGGAGCGCCGCCGCACGGCAGACGCAGCAGCAGCAGCAGCAGCUCAGAGCGCAGACGCAGCGGAGAUGGGCGACCGCGGCGCCGAAGCCCGGGUCGGGACCGCUGAUGGAGCGGCGCGCUGACCGAGAACUCCCAGACCUCAACCAAAUCACCUUCCGGUGGUCCCGCACGCUCCCGCUGUUCGCCGCCGUCAUCGUCGCCUGCAGCGUCGCCAUCUUCAACUACCAAAAGUCGUCGUCCCCCGUCAUCGCCUCGACGCUGUACGCGCUGCGGACCUCGCCCAAGGCGCGCGAGCUGCUGGGCGACGAGGUCCAAUUCAAGCACCAGAUCCCCUGGAUCUCGGGCGAGAUGAACCAGCUGCACGGGCGCAUCAACAUCGCCUUCAGCGUCAAGGGCUCGCGCGGCGAGGCCCUCAUGCGCUUCGCCAGCUACCGCACCUCGCACAAGGGCCUCUUCGAGACGACCGAGUGGAGCCUCGAGACCCCCGACGGCCGCAGAAUCGACCUGCUCGACGGGGCGGACCCGUUCAGGGGGGUCGUGGCGGACGACCUGGAUGACGAGGCCGAUGAGCAGGCGGCGGCGGCGGCGGCUGCGACGAGGGGGUUCAGGCAGACGAGUCUCAAGUAA